AUGGAUAUCCGGACUGUGAACGGAGCGCGAUUAAGAAACUCCACUACUUCCACAGUUCAGGUUUCUCCAACGACUGAGUUGAAUGUUGUAAACAGUCAUAAUAGCGAGGGUGGCAAUAUGAAUAUCAGGGCUUUGAGUAUUGGGUUUAAUAUGAUUAUCAUGGAUUCAAAAUAUUUGGGUUGUUCAAAUAAUACUGUGCUUCUUUGUAAAACAAAUUUUUUGGUUUAGAGGCACAUAAUUAUUUGAACAACAAAAUAAAUAAAGUUUAGCUAAAAACGUAAAAAUUGGCGCCAAUUUGAAAUUUUAAAAUUUUGAUAAAAAUUUUAUUUAAUUCUGAGAAUAUCUUCAAAUGAUUACCUGUGGCACUAUCCUUCUAAAUAUAAUAAAAAAUCAAUUUUUUAAAAAAAUUUUAACUUUUUUAAAAACAUUUUUUUAACUGUAUGGCUAUUGAAAUAUUUUUUUGUAAAAUACGAGUUUUUUACUAAGAUAUUUAAAUAAUUCUGUGCCCUUCUAAAAAUUAAAUUUUAAAUUCAUAGGGCACAUAAUUAUUUGAACAAUCCAACAAUAAGCCUUCAUCAAUGUACGUCAUUUUAUUUUACAAUACAACCUUUUCUUCACUACCGUGUCGCGAUUCCGAAGCCUUUUCUCCCAUCUUCACCGUUACUCAUUGUCUUUAAUGCCGAAUUUCAGGGUCAGAAUGCGUCGGCGUGUGGAGUGCCGAAGGAAUCUGGGAAAUUGUUGUGUGCGGCGACGAAAAGGGAUGGAAAAAAGGCCUGGGGCUAAAAUUGGGUGCGCACACAAAACGAAGGGGCUGCGCGAGCGAUUGUGAAGAGCCUAUUGAUCCAUAUCCGAUUCAAUCUGUUGGUAAGGACCUUGCGCUGCCGAUUCCUGGCAUAGGGGCUACUGCUUGUGUGGAAAAGGUUGGUUUGGAGAUGGGAGUUCGGUGUCGAUUGGGAAGAGCCUGA